AUGUCGGGCCAGAGCAGCUUCAAUCGCGCAAAAUUCGCGACGCAGUCAUGGCAGGUCAUAUCGACCCUCGUCUCCCUGACACCUCUAGCGCCCAUCCCAUGCGCGAUCUACGGCGGGCGGUGGUUGGCCAUCAUCGACUUGCUCCUCGUUGUGAUCGCCAUCAUGGGUAUCCGCUCGAGCUACAUCGACUUCAACGUCGCCAAUGCCUCGCUCAACUCGAUCAAAGCUUCGCUGGCCAACAUGAACACUCAGUUCUGGGUGUCGGUGACUGUGCCCUACUGUCUCUUCGUUGGAUUUGCGGUUUGGAUCAUCUGGGAUCGCAAACGCUGGAGUCGCAACAUGUCCGGCGGCGGCGGCGGCGGAGGGAUGGGCGGCCCCUCUGGCGGCGUCGACGACCAGAGUAUGAUGGAGCUCGGCUCGUCACGCCAGCGUAGCUUCGCGAGGUCCGAUCGAGCUGCGUUGCUUGGAAAUGAGGAGAGGAGUGUUGGGAAAGAGGAGGAUGCGUGGGAGAGGGAGGUCGAGAAGAGGCGGAAGAUGGCCGCGAGGAGGAUGCGCAAAGCAGCGCAGCGUGUGUAG